AUGGAUUUGGAUCAGCUCUCUGUAGGCUCUAUCCUUCCCUAUGCAGCGGACGACGUUGCUCCCAUUACACAACUGGGCUGGGCUUUUUGCGACGGCACAACACUCAGAAGGGAAGAUUUUCCGGAUCUUUUUGCCGUGAUCGGAUACAGCAAUGGUGGUACCAAGGACACCUUUCUUCUGCCUGAUCUCAGGGGUCGUUUCCUACGGGGUAUUUUCUCCAUCAGGAGUGUCUACAACGUCCGAAAGCUAAUGUCAUCUAUAGGAGCUAGUGACACGCGCUCACCUGGAACGAUAGCAAACAAAUCAACGACUGCCAAUCCCAAUUUUCAAGUCACCAUUCACCGAAUGCCCGUGUCGUAUAGUAACACUUACUAUACUGGUGGCGCUGGUGGCUACUAUAUGAGUGAUUGGAGCGAUGACAGUCCAUAUUUCGAAGUUGACAGCGGCGGCGACAAGGAGACGAGGCCUGUGAAUGUCUACAUGCAAUACAUCAUAAAGACUAAGCCCAAGCCUACUUUACCAGUCGCCAUCCUUUGCCCGUAUGCUGGUAGCGAUGCUACUCAUCUAGACAGGAAUGUUUGGUCCGUAUGCAAUGGCAACCAGUACGACGUUGCAGAAUUUCCCAUUCUUGCCAGCAUUUUAGGUACUCGCUUCACGCCCGGUUCGAGUAGCCUCGGUUCCGAUAUGAAGUCCCACAUCCAGUUGGACCACAUCCAUCACGCUGGCCGAUAUAUUGAUGCUACAAUCGCUACAAUCACGCAUGGUCAUACAGUGCCUACAGCCCAAUUCAAUGUGCCAAAGCUAUCUGGAAUCUUUAUUAGGGGAAAGGACGAGGGGUCACAAAAUGAUCCUGAUGCCAAUUCUAGAGCCUUACCUCCUGAUGGGACGACCGGACCGGUCGUUGGCUCGCUGCAAGCAUACGCUACAAGAAAUGCUUCUUCCAAAGGCUUUGGGGUGAAAAUACCCCAUUAUCCAGUCAAUGCCACAAUCAUCGAUAAUGUUCGCGGAUAUGACAACAUUCGUGACCAUGACUACGUCGACGAGUCGAUAUGGUCAGGAGGAGCUGCUGAAUCGCGUCCCGUAAACAAGUACGUGAGAUAUUACAUUCUGACCAGCCCACCUACUGUGUCCGAUGGCUUCCCACUGGGCGGCAUUGUUGCAAUUCCAGGCACUGUUCCUCCAAACCCGUUGUUCUGGGCAGCCUGUGAUGGUCAGCGGCUGCUCAUAGCUCAGUAUAAGGCUCUAUAUCAGCUCCUCGGAAACACCUGGGGACCAGCAGAUGGCCAAUCAUUCACCCUGCCUGACCUGCGAGACACCUUCUUGCGGGCAACCGACCUGACACCUGCAGGAGUGCAGGACCAGUGGGGUGACCCCGACCGGGACAAGCGAACAACUUCUGAUGGGAAAACUUCCCAAACAGGGACAGGAUCCCAACAGGAUUUCGCUACAGGCCUCCCUCAGAACCCGUUUCAUCUGCCACUCCAUAUACCCUGUGAUGAUCGCGACAAUGCUGCUGGUGGAGGGAGUACCCAUACCGCACAUUUCAAUUUUGAUGGAGUGACGACUACAACUCUUGGUGGCGAUGCCGAAACCGCACCUGUUAGUCUUGCUGCACGCUUUUAUAUCAAAAUUGCUUCGGCAGCGUAG